ACACUUCAAAGCCACCAAGUGAUUACCGAUACCUCCCUUCCUCUUUCACUCCUACACCUCUCUCCUUCAUUCUCCUCCUCCAUUGCUCUCCACCCGAGACUACACAGUAGGAAAGACGCUCCACUUUCAUUCGACAUCGUUGAUCUGAUCGAAGGAUCCAUAGGGAAACUUGAAUGAUCAAACAAUGGCAGGGAAAGCAGCAAAAUCUGUAGUGAAAGCAAUUGGGGAAUACCAGUAUCCAUGGCGAGAAAAGUUGACAAAGUACAAAGAUGAGCUCUCAAAAGGUGUUUGGGGUUAUUGGGAGCUUGGGGCAUGGAAACCACUUGGCAUCAGUGGCCGCCGCAGAGCUCGUCUCCGCAAAGAAGUUCUGCUUGCUGGAGAAGAUUGGCCAUAUGAUCCAGAAAGGAAAGAGAUGAGAACUAAGAGAAAAGGGCAUAAGUGUGAUAGGAUAUCAGCCGAAAAGAGGGCCCAUACUGCUGAAUUGAUGAAGUCAAUGCCUCAAAAGUUGCUGGAUUACAAGAAGCGCAAGUGGGAGAAGAAGAUGAAGGAAGAGGAUGCAAAAGCAGCCAAGCCCUAGGUUCUUGUUCGCCUUUUUGUUUUCCCAAACUUCCCUCAUGGAAACUUAUUCCUUUUAACAGGUUCAUGGACUAGAUGAAGGCCUCUAAUGCAUUUCAUAGAACUGUCAAUUGGUUUCUGCUUAUUUUUUUUCUUUAUUAUGGAAAUGUUUACAUUUGGUAUUUUCAAUGUUUUGGGAAUAAUAGAUAGAUGGGCUGCUCAGUCCAAUGAGCCGAGUACAGUUUGGCAGUCAGAUGGCACUAAAACUUGUUUCCAUUUGGCAUCAACCCUCCCCGGAUUUUGUAGUCACCGAAUUUCAUUUAAAGCAUCUAAUGCAGUCCUCUUUA